AGCCCCACCAAGAGCGACGGCAGGGAGCCCCCGCCCCAGCCGCCGGCCGACGAGCCCGCGCCCACCUCGGAGGCUCCGCCCCAAGCCCAGGCUCCGCCUCCGCCCUUGUCCCAGCCGACGCCCCCCCUGCUCCCGCCUUCCCCCCAGCCCGGCAGGGACGCCAGCUGCAUCCCCGACAGGAACGACACUCAGCGGCAAACACCUGGACAGUCAGGAAAACGGGCCAAGUCUAACUCAAAGUUAAAGUUAGUUCGGAGCCUGGCUGUUUGCGAAGAGUCCUCCUCUCCCCCUUUUACCACUGAUCUGCCUGGAGAACACCAGGCUGAAAUUUCCAUCAAGCUGAGCCAAUCGUUAGACAAAGAGGAACCUCCGACCCCAACCAAGAAUGAGCAGGAGAAGGCCGGAGACAAGCAGGAGCGGCCCGAGAAGCUGACCAGGAAGCUGUUGUCUCGAGACUCGAGUCAGGAAUACACGGACUCCACAGGGAUUGAUCUCCACGAGUUCUUGGUGAACACGCUAAAAAACAACCCCAGGGACAGAAUGAUGCUGCUGAAGCUGGAACAGGACAUCCUCGACUUCAUCAGUAAUAACGAAAGCCAGAAGAGGAAGUUUCCUCCGAUGACCUCCUACCAUAGAAUGCUGCUGCACAGAGUCGCUGCGUACUUCGGCCUGGAUCACAAUGUCGAUCAGACCGGCAAAUCUGUCAUCAUCAACAAAACUAGCAAUACCAGAAUACCUGAUCAGAAGUUCUCGGAACACAUUAAAGAUGACAAGACGGAUGACUUCCAGAAACGCUACAUUCUCAAAAGGGACAACUCCAGCUCAGACAGGGAUGAAAACAUGAUGCGCAUGCGGCUGAAAGACGACCGAAGGAGCAAGUCCAUCGAGGAGCGUGAGGAGGAGUACCAGCGGGCAAGAGACAGGAUAUUCGCUCAAGAUGGUCAUGACGGCUUUGCACUCGAUAAAAGGAUACAAGAAGAUGACGUCUGCAACAGCACCCAGCAGAGACGCCAAGUAUUUAGGUUAAAGGACGGGCGCUCGGCCAACAGCCGCCAGAGCAGCUCGGAGAACGAGCCAAAGUACGGCGACCCGCGGCCGUGGAGCAGCACGGACUCGGACAGCUCCAACCGCAACCUCAGGCCGGCCAUGACCAAGGCCAGCAGCUUCAGCGGCAUCUCGGUGCUCAUGCGCGGGGACAGCUCCGCCAGCAGCAAGAGCAUGGGCCGCCUCUCCAAGACCGGCCAGCCCUUUGUCAACCCAGACGGCACGGCGGUGGUGUACAACCCUGGCCUGGCCUCCCAGCAGGGAAGGAGUCAGCAGUCCCACCCCCCUCUGUCCGCGCCGCCACCCCCCUCCGCCCAGCCCGGCCCCCACCAGCACCAGUCGGCCAACCACCUCCUCUCCCAGCAAGACAACCUGGGGCCCCAGUUCAGCCACAUGGGACUGGGCCGCCAGCCGUCGAGUGAGAGCCGGGAGGCACACACUGCCAUGUACCCCACCUCCGUGGUGCUCCAGGCCCCCCCGCAGCAGCAGCAGCAGCAGCAGCCGCCGGCAGGCUACAUGGUGGCCCCGCCCCCAGGACAGUCUGUGGCGGGCCCCGCCUACUCCAACGCCGCCCCCCAAGCCGUCAACCAGCCCUCCAUGCAGCAGCAGCAAGCGUACAUGCAACAACCCAUGCAGCAGAUGCCGGCCUGCUACUGUGCGCCUGGGCAGUACCCUCUUUCCAGCCAGCCGUACCGGCCGGUGGGCACGGUCCAGUACAGCGGCCCCCACAGCCAGACCAUCAACCCCUCCCAGCAGACAGGUUACCAAACUGUGAUGCCAAGCCAAGCGCAGAGCUACCCACAGAGUAUGAUGGCUGUACAACAGCCACAGGGUCAAAACAUGGUCAGCGGCCAGCACAGCAAUAUGGGAAAUCAGAUGCAAAGCAUGAUGGUCCAGUUUCCCAUGCAGUCUUAUCAGGUGUCCAUGCCCCAGGGGUCCCAGGCUGUGCCCCAGCAGUCCUACCAGCAGCCCAUCCUCAUCCCCAGCCAGUCCAACCAGGGUCCCAUGCCUGGCUCGGGUGUCCAGGUGUUCUACAGUGUUUUAACGCCCAGCCAACAGAACUCAAUGGGCUCCUCCGUGGGGUUCCUGCCCCCUCCCGGCUCGGAGCAGAUGCAGUUCCCGCGAGCCUCGUCGCCCUGCGCCCCCCAGCAGCAGCAGCACCCCACCCAGCAGUGCUCAGGUGUCCCCCCUCCCCCGGGCGGCGGCAUGGUGAUGAUGCAGCUGACGCUCCCCCACGGCCAGCAGCCCCGCCCCCACUCCCCCCCCCAGUGGAAGCACCACAAGUACUACAGUCUGGACCACCAGAGGCUGCCCAAGUCCGCAGAGCUUUCGUCCCUCGACACCUCGCAGAGCAGUCCCCAGCUGGGCAGCCCCGCCACCUCGCCCGCCCAGUCGCCCACGCCCACCCACCUGACCAAUGUGAAGAACCUCCGUCCUGGUCUGUCCUCCGCCCCGCUUAUGCCUCAGUUCUCCCGACCCUUCCUGCCCGGCCACGGUGACACGCGGUACCCGCUGCUCGGGCAGCCCCUCCAGUACAACCCACAGAUCCGUCCCCCCCUCCUCCACGCGCCCCCGAUGAUGCCCGGCCACCAGGUACCAAUGGGAAUGAGACAUGGCGGUGGGCGCGGGAGGAAGCCGCCAAGGAAAGCUCUGUCCACCGAUCUCAGUUGAGCCGGCGCGUCCUGGAGGUGACCGAGCUGCCGCAAACACCAGGUGGGUGCCUGAGCGAGGGGGACCCCCAGGACCCCCUAGGCCCCGCCCAUCGCCACCACCACCACCGCCACCGCCACCACCACCACCGCCACCACCAGGAAUGUCGGCAAAGGGGCCGGUGGUGACCAACAUAAAUCCACCCCUCACGUCUCCCGCAAGUCCCCCGCACUCAGACUCGCUACGAGCAGGGCUCCUGGCCCAGCUGUCGUCGGUCCGGGGUGGACCGGCCCCCAAACACAGGGGGGCGCUGUGGUGGUGGUGGUUGUUGUUGUUGUUGUUGUUGCAGCGGAACGGCAGCGACCAUCAACAGACCUCUGGCUUUAAAAACAAACAAACAAACAAACCUUUUUAAGGACAGUCGCGCCCCCUCCCCCUCCCGCCACCCCUCGGCCCAUGUCGCGCCCCCCCACCGGUAGCCCGGCUCCGCGGUGGUCCUCCCAGCAUCCCUUGCGCUCCUCGUUGGUUUGUCGUAGGACGGGUUUGUUUUUACACUUGAUUUGUAGACUCUUUUUUGGGGAAUGUUUUGUCUUUGUAGAUCUGCGCAAAAAUCGGUGGACAUGAAAAACACAGCUGAAAAUGCACCAAUAUUCUGUUCCCCGUGCCCCUGCCUCAGCCCCCCAAAAACCCCAAAACAUGCCGUUAAUAUAUUUCUAAUUGAAAUCGCUUUCUGCCCUUGUCGAAGAAAGUAAUCGAACAUAUCAAAAGGCAAGUCUGGUUUUAUUUCCCCCUCUCCUUUGUUUUCCUUUUUAAAAAUUGUUUUUGUUGCUUUAUAAAAUUAUAUUUUUGAAUUUGAGCUGAUGCUCGGUUCAAUGGCGGUGCCUGUGAAACGCCCGUCCUGUUCUGGAGUGUCUCUGCUGCCUCUCUUACACUCUGCUCUCGCUCUCUCUCUAAGCUAAGCUCCACCAAAGCCUUCCCAUCUCCCCAAGCCCAAACCCACAGGUGUGUGUGGGGAAGGGGGCAGGGUAUCCAAGUAUGACCCUCACUCAUACAUCACAAUAACGCCCAGACUCUUGUGGUCAGAACAACGCCACACACACACACACACACACACACACACACACACACACACACACACACACACACCCCCCCCCUCUGCUACACAAUGGGUCUACUGUCGUGCCUUCUUUCCCGAGUCUACUGCUUUACUCUCCACAUAGACACACACGCAAAGGAAGACACCUGUCUGUGUAUGUAAAAGACCCGUUUAUUGUAAAUAAUUUAUAUAGUAGCUGAAGAAUCCAAUCACAGGCAACAUUAUACGUGUUGGUCACAGGCACAGGUGAGAAUGACGAUGGCUUUUUGGUUUUCUACCUUGCCCUGGUUUUUAAUUUAAUUAAACAAAGUUCAACACAUAGGGAAAGAAAACACUCCACCACCCAAUGUUUUAUCUUGGCAAACCUCCGCUUUCAAAACUUUCCCAUCCACCUAUCUCGUCUUUCCCCAGUACAAGGCCAAUAGUGUCAAAUCUGUCAUCAGAAGGUCUUGCAUUAAACCUACUGGGUCACUGGAAAAUAAAAACAUUUGCACAUUUAUACAACAGAAUAUAUAUAUAUCUAUAUAUAUAUUUAUCUAUAGCUAUGUAUAGCUAUAGAUGUCUAUAAAUAUAGAUAUCUCACUUUCUUUUGUUCAUUUUGUUUCGCUCAAAGAAAAUGUGGAUUCUGAAAGGCUCUUCAAUGCUGGUGCAAGUCAUUUUUAUUUCAGUUUGAAAACCAAUAAAUGUUUACACCAAAUUAUGUGUUUUUUCCCAGACCAGGAAGGCCUUUCCAAAAGUCUCUCGCGAGAGUUCCAGCUAUAUUUGUCAAAAUCAAGUGCAAAGUUUUCUGUUUGAUGUUUAUCUGCGAUUAAAAUGUAUUUUCAUCAACACAACGAAAUAUUACCCGCUGAAUGUCGGCAGAUAUGCCAAGUGCUUGGUUUUCUAAAGAUGUGUGCAUUCGUAUGCCAAUAUGAGGGUCUUGCCUAAAUUAGUCGUUACUGUGCACAAUUCAUCUCAAUUUCCGUUUUAUGGGGUUAUUUGGCUGCUACAUUAACCUCCCACCAGCCUAAUCUCGUGAAACGGCGAGGUGCCCUCCAUGGUAAUAUUUUUGUCUCCAAUACCGGCAAGCAAUUUGGCACAAGGAAAUCCAGCAGCCCGUGGCCCUCGCGCAGAGCCCGGAGGAGACGGCGCUAGGCAGAAAGUGGUGAAAACGGAUCAAAUGAGCCUCUCCCCUCGAGGCACGGGCUCGUGUCCGCCCGAGAAGCGAAGGCAUUAUUCCACCCAGAGCGGGAGAUUAUUAAUGCGUAAUUAGGUUAACAUCUGGACGGUCACGCGGCUACGCGUCAACCCGGUGCAAUUGAGCGACGGGGAAAUACCUCUGGUAAAUGACCCAUGGGUUGUUUGGUUAUGGUCAUCCAUUCAGACUGCCGCUUAUUCUAUUCUAUUCUUCCACUUCACCAAAGGACACCGGACAACACAUUAAGCCGUUUGUGCACAGUAAAGUCAUUUUUAAAGCGGAUAUUUUAAUAUCGAAUGUUUCCGUUGAUUUAAUGGCGAUACGGAAAUAUUUUGGGCUUCAUCGGUAAGUAGGCCUAAACACAAAAGCCAGUGCGUGUGGAGGGAACAUCUCCAAGCACAAUAAGGUAGACGCUGCAAUUUGACAACAGCCGAUAAAUUGCAAGGUGGCCGCCAUGUCCCAGAGCACUUUCCUAAGCAGGCCACCUUCCCUACUUUCGCCACCCCGUGACCUGCAGAAGGUCCAACGUCGUCGAUCGUCUGAGGCUUGCCUAACCUCUAUCUGCGCCCCCCUUCCCGUCUCCAUCUGUCUAUAAUAUCGGUAUGCUUGCGAGCAGCACUUGCCGAGUUACACAUGCUGACAGAAAUAUGCAGGCGAAAUGGUACAUGAUGGUAAUGGAACUCACGGUGCUCAACCACGGCCGAUAUACAUGUUUAGGGCAGCCCAAAGGCAUAGGGGUCGGAAACCUGCGUCUGUUCAACCUCUGCAGUGUCUCCAAGUAGCUUCGGAAAAAAAAUUAAAAUUAUUAACUACUUAUUUUCAAAGGGAACACGUCAUAUUGGAGAUCAAGGUGAUACUGUUACACAAAAAUAGAAAAAUAAAGUUUUUUAAUUUGUUAACUAAAGUAAACGUCAUAUCCUAGGCAAACACAUUUCAUAAAUGCAGCAAACUAUUGGUUAUUUUAUAGGCUAUGUAGUAUAAAUAAAUAUAAAACGUUAGAUGCUGUGUUAUCUUCAUUUCAGGGGUCGAAUAGGUUUUGUGGCUCCAGACACAUUUUAUUUGGUGGAAGGAACUAGAAAUGGCUCUUUUGAUAGUGAAGGUUGCCGACCCCUUGCAAAUAGGUGGUCGCCUGGGGCGCCACCUUUAGGUAGACGCUGGUUGCCCUCAAAGGGAAAAUACAAAAAAUCUGAAACUUUGCCUCGUGGAUAGGCUGCCCGCCUACUCCAUUGUAAUCUGCCCUGGCCUGCACUUGUAGGCCUACUGUGCAAGCUGAAAGUGGGGGAGGAAUUAAUAUGUUGUUCUCUUAAACCAAUUAUACUUCGGUGGGCCACUUAAGAGAAAGAUCCAGCUGGAUGAAGAUGCCAACCCAUAGUCACUGAUUAUUCUUUAGUCCAGUCAAAACUCCAGUCAACUGUUCACCAUCCAACACUCAUCAUGGCCGAUGUCAUAAAAUGAAUUGUGACAUCUGGAAAAAAGCUCAUUGGCAACCAAAGGAUGUUAUUAAAAACCUUGUGUGUUCUGAAGUCUUAUAGAAGGCUUUCUGGUGGAUUUACCUGCAAUAAAAGGUGUAGGAAUCCUAGUCGCGGUUUCGAUUCAACGGAAGAUGAGUUCCAAUCAUUGCAAUAUAUCUGGUAUUAAUAGUGUUCUAGCUAGCUAAUCUAUCUGCACAUAGCAUACUCAUAAUUUGCCUGCAACUAUUGGUCCCAAAUAUGUUGAUGUGUGCUAUUCAUGAUCAAGCUCUAGAUUGAGCAUGCUAUAUACCUCUGUGUCCAUUUGUCACAUGGGGCCUAUAUUUGACAUUAGUUUUGCUUCAAUUUCUAAGCCAUGAGUUUAUACAAGAAAAUGGACAAUGUCCAGGGUUUCCCGGUUUGUUUCUUGGAAGCUCUACAUCUUCUAAUGCUUUGCCACCCUUGGAUGAAAGUACAAAAUAUGUGAGUACCAUCUGCGAAAACCCUCUAGUCCGUUCUGAUCUCAACUUCAUUGUCUCUAGCACCAAUUUCACUAAGGACGUUAUUAUCUAUCAAAUAGGUUGGGCCUUGGGGGAAAUGGCCUAACUCUUGGCCUGUUUACAGUACAAAAAUACAAGUGGGACUACCAAAUAACCGUUUCGGUGUGUAUUUGCAGUAAUAAAAGGAUGGACCAUAAUAUGCCUAUUGGCAUGGCCUGAACUGCUAGUAUGAGCCGCCAUCAGAACAUUUCUUGUGAAAGAACUCAACCAACUCGGCUUUCUUGACAAAGUAGAUAUCUGUGGGUAAUUACUUUUUAUAAACCGUGAUUUGAACAAUAAUGCCUAUAUGAGGAUAAUUACUAGACUGAUGGCUUUAUUAUCAUCAUCCGACUCAUCUUUUCCACAAGGAUACGAAUACGACCACAGCGCCAUCUUGUGGCCAGUGAGUAAUUUGAUAUUUAUUAACAUUAUUUACAUAUCGCAAGUUUAAAGGUCAAGUGUGUAGAAUUUAGUAGCAACUAGUAAUGAGGUUGAACCAAGUGAAGUCAUAUACUUUAUUGCGAUCUGUUAUAUAUAUUGAUCGUUGAGGCCAAUGUUAGUAAAAAUAUAUUAGGGUUAAUUUUUUCUAAUCUUUAUAACAAGUUUUUAUGGGCAGGUUUUGCUACUGUGUGCAAUGUCACACAAAGACAUGAUUAUAGCUAACAUCCUCAUUUUCUCAGUACAUGCCAUCAACCUACCCCAUUGUCCUCCAUUAAUUCUCAACGCUGUGGGUGGGGGGCCACUGACAAUUAAUCGGAUGGUAUGUGUACCAAAGUAGCAUUUUUAGAUUAGUCUCAUGAAUCCAGAUAUUGUUUGUUUAGCUCACUCCCAGCCUUUUAAUGCGAGGGAGUCCAGAAUGUAGCUAGUUAAAGGGUGAAGUGUCAUCUCGUAUAUCCGUAAUGUAUCCUAGCCCAUGAAUUGAAGACUGACUGUCUUCUCUGAAUGCUUUGUCAGUUUGUAUACUUUAUGUAGGCUAUAGACUGAGCUUGACCCCCUCCUGGCUGUGGCUUGGGAUAAACCACGUCACACUAAAUACAAUGAGUAGACCACAAUUUGCAAACUCAGCAAUUCUGCCAAAAAUUUAAUAUUUUAGCUGAAACCAAUAAAUGCUCUUGCUUUCAUGUUUAGUGUUGUGAUCUAACUUAAUCUGAGGCAUUUCAAUUGCAACAUUACAUUAGGAUAUACAGAAAGUGAACCAAUUUAAAAGAGGAACAUAUCUUGAAAAAUACAAUACAACUGCUAUGAUUAAAAUUUAAAGAAUCUACGAUUUGAGACAAAACAUCCAGGUAAUGCUGUUUAGAUACAUGCAUUUUAAAGGCAUAGUUCAUUCUUUGAUUCAUGUAUUUUGAAUUGAUUCCUUUCAAGAUUAUUUGUAUUGAUUUUAUCUUUCUUCCUGCAUCUUGGAUAUGGAGAAAUAAGCUGUGCGUAUGCAUCUUAAAAGAACGACAUGACUCAAGAGUUCAUUGAAAAUACAGGGCACUUUGUUUUCCUCGGGGCUAAAUCAGAGCCAUACAGUGGUCGUCCAUCGUUUAAUUUGUAGAAACAACGUUUCCCGCCCGUAGUGCACCAUGAUGUCCGGCAAAAUUUGUGGUAGAAAACCAACAGCUAGAGACAACGCAUUCAGAACCCCUCACGCACAGUUUAAUUUAGAGCAUUUUAUACAUCUGAGGGUUACUGCUAUAUUAAAUAACACACAUCACUCUUCCUUCGGCUGCAAACUUCUUUACGAGUUACUGGCCACUGAAGACCUCCAGAAACUCACACCGUUAUUAUAUAAUAAGACCCCCGCUGUCUCGCCCCAUAACUCGCUCACUCAUACAGACAGACACACACCCCAAGCCCAAAGGAGGUCUAGCUAGAUUAUUAUCUACCCAUGCAGGCGACAAGCGGGAGCAGUCAUGAACAGGAAAGAGCAUAACGGCCAAAACCUGCAUAAACAUAGCCCUAGAAUUCAGCAGAAUGCAUUAAAAAGUCA